AUGAAAGAAAAUACUGAUGCUGUCCCUAGUUCUCUGAAAGACUCACUCAUGGAAUGGUUGACUUUCGAUAAGAAUUCUGAGACGCAACAUGAGAUAUGUGAGCUAGUAUCAAACCACCAAUGGGAUGAACUUCGUAAAAGACUGCUUCCAAGGAUUACAUUCGGUACUGCUGGCUUGAGAGCUCGCAUGGAGGCCGGUUUUAGUCGGAUGAAUACUUUGACGGUGAUCCAGGCUUCGCAGGGUCUUGCGCGGUACAUUAAGUCGCAGUUUCCCGAUGACCUCAAAGUAGUUAUCGGACAUGAUCAUAGGUUUCAUUCGAGAGAGUUUGCCGAGGCUACAAUUGCAGCAUUCCUACAAUUAGACUAUGAUAUCUACUACCUCAACUAUGUGCCACCGGGCUCCGACGAGGAUGUUUUCGUUCACACACCAAUGGUGCCAUUCGCUAUCAAUAAUGUGGAGGGAGGUCCCACCUCCUGUGGCGUUAUGAUCACCGCCAGCCACAACCCCAAAAUGGACAAUGGGUAUAAGGUCUACUACGCUAACGGAUGCCAGAUAAUACCACCUCAUGAUGAACUAAUUGGUAGACAUAUCGAUGCCAACUUGGAACCAUGGACUCGUGCAUGGGAUUCUAAAGCACUCAUUGAAGAGGCAAUAAAGAGUGGCAAACUACAUGACGUGCGCAAGGAAAUGCUUCAGAAAUAUAAAGAUAGUAUCCAGACUAUGCUCGUUAAGCAGUCCAAUCUGAAGUUCGCUGGAGGCCCAUGGUUUGUGUACACUCCGAUGCACGGCGUUGGCUAUGAGUUCUUCAAGGAGGCUGUCGCAAGCGUGCUAGGAAUAGAAGAGGAUAAAGACUAUAUUGUUGUGCCAGAACAGAAAUAUCCCGACCCAGAGUUCCCCACGGUUAGCUUUCCCAAUCCGGAGGAGCGGGGAGCACUAGAUAUGGCGAUGAAGGUAGCGGAUGCAAAUGGAAUCACCGUUGUUCUUGCGAAUGAUCCAGACGCUGACCGUUUCUCCGUCGCAGUAAAAUACCACGGAGAGUGGAAUCAGCUAACAGGGAACCAAAUAGGAAUCUUGUUUGCGCAGGCAGAGAUGCAGUCAUACUUUAAGGAACCGAAGCUGGACCGCAAGCAGCUAGCAAUGUUAACGUCUGCUGUAUCCUCACAGCUUCUACGGAAGAUGGCAGAAGAAGAAGGUUUCUUGGCGGUUGAAACUCUUACUGGCUUCAAGUGGCUGGGCAACCGGGCGCGCGAGCUAGAACUCGAAGGAUACUAUGUGCCAUUCGCCUACGAGGAAGCUAUCGGAUAUAUGUUUAGCCAGGUUGUACACGAUAAGGAUGGCAUUGCGGCAGCGGCUGUCUUCCUUCAGAUGUGCUACGAGUGGAAGAAGGUAGCAAAAUCGUCUCAGGAGGUCCUACAGGAGUGCUACGAGAAAUACGGGUACUUUGUAGACUACAAUGGCUACUAUAUCUCCUCCGCUCCUGCAGUGACGAAAGAGGUUUUUGAUUACUUUAGAAACGAAUAUACUCCUGCAGGGAAGCCAUACCCCAGCCAUAUUGGCUGUGAAUUUGAAGUCGAGUACCUUCGUGACCUUACAGUGGGUUACCAGUCGGAUACCGCGACCAACAUUCCAGACUUGCCAGUCGACCAUAAUUCGCAGAUGAUUACGUGUGUAUUGAAGCCCGUUAAAAUGGAAACCGACUGUGAGUCUGUCAGGUUCACCGCUCGUGGCUCAGGCACUGAGCCCAAGUUGAAGGUGUAUAUUGAAAGCUGUGCCGCGAACCACCAGCGCGCCUCGCACCUCUCGCACCUCGCAUGGGACGUCUUGAAGCGUGAAUGGUUCAGACCGACGGAAACAGGCCUCCAGACCAACUUCUAA